AUGGACAGCCUUUCUACGGGUUCGCUCAGUGGAGCACAGAAAGAAGAACUAAUGGAUCAGGUGAAACAGCAGAUUGCCAUUGCAAACGCGCAGGAACUAUUAACGAAGAUGUCGGAGAAAUGUUUCAAAAAGUGUAUUAACAAACCUGGCACAGCGCUUGAUAAUUCUGAACAGAAGUGCAUAGCAAUGUGUAUGGACCGGUACAUGGACGCGUGGAACUUGGUGUCACGAACAUACAGCAGUCGCAUUCAGCGAGAAAGAAAUAAUAUGUGA